UAUCGGUUUUCUAGGAGAAGCAGCUGAUUUUGUCACGAACGUGACGGCUUGGAGAAAUAAAUUGUAUAAUUGUGUAUUAAAACUCAACUAAUUUGGAAAGCAUACCCAUGGAUACCAACCUGCGUAAUCUCAAGGACUUUCUUACAUUAUACAACAAAGUGACGGAGUUGUGCUUUAGCCGAUGUGUGGAUAACUUGAAUCAACGGGAGCUAGGCGGUCAGGAGGACGUCUGUGUGGACAGGUGUGUCACCAAGUUCGCUCGUUUCAACCAGAAUAUGAUGAAGGCAUAUGUGGAUGUGCAAACAACAAUAAACGCCAAACGCAUGGAAGAGGUGGAGGAGAACGCUCGUAAGGCGGAGCAGCAGCAAAGGGAGGAACGCCAGCGUGAGGAUCAGCGCCUGAAAGAGGCCGGUUCAACAACGGUGCUGACACCAGUUCCGGCCAACGCUGCCGGCAACUUGCCCAUGUAGCA